GAGCGCCAGUUGAGCUCGAGCAGCGAUGAGAGCUCCGGGAUGCCAGAGGGGCAGGCCGACAGUCUGGUCGGCGACUGGUCGGACAGCUCCGACCUGGAGCACGAUGCCAGCCCCGUCCGCGCCUGCAGCAGGGAGAACACCAGGAACUACAAGGAGGCCCAGCAGGCGGCCCGUGACAAGUUCACCUGGCUCGUGCACACAGCGCCUGUGGCCGCCUCGAGGCGCUUGCCCAGCCUGGACCCAUACACUUCUGCGCGCGACAACCUGGGCAGCUCGAACGGUUCCACCCUGGUCGACCGGCGGCGCUACGCGACGGUCCAGGGGCCGAUGCCCGAGUACGACCCGGAGGAGGGGAAGCCUUUCGACGACCCACACUCGCGAGUUGCACGCUGUCCCGACUGCCAUUGCGUCGCGGAUUGCCUGGUCAGCAGCGAUAUCGUGCACUUGCUGGGACGCCAGCUGGAGCGCUGCGGGCCAGAGCAGCUCAAUUGCCCUGCGUGCCCGAGCUGUCCGCUGCUGCAGUGCCCCGAGCCGUCGCUCUCGCUGGGCACCUUCAUUGUGGGGCUGCUCGUGGGGUCGAGGGCCCUCGCCUACUACGACCCGCGCGAUGACUACUGGCACGAGAGGAUCAUGCUGGCGCACAUUCAGGACUUCCGCUUCGUGGUGCUCACCGCGGACUGGGACAUCUAUGAUGAAGACAUGUCCCAGGCGCUUCGCCUGCUGCCUCUGGGUCCACGGGGCGGCCUUCCCGUGCCGAGGCCACAGGGGCACAUCCUGCGGGUGGACAACGCCCGCCUCAGCAUUGAGCUGCAGCAGCUGUGCGACGAGGCGGCGCAGCUGGCCUUGGACAUCCGCGAGGAGGAGGGCUUGCCGGCCCCAGCGGCGCCCCAUGGGGUGCUUGCCGACGGCGAGGCGGGGGCGCUUGCCGAGGCGCCGGCUCCUGCGGCGCUGGCGGCUGCCGCGAGGCCCGCUGGGCCAGCGGUGGGUGGCGCGGCCGCUGCCGGCGCCCUGGCGGCGGCGCCGGCCGCGCCGCGCAGGGCACCCGCGGCCGGGGCUCUCCUCGCCCCAGCCCCGCCGCGGCCCGCAGCGCCGCCAGCAGACGCGGUCUGGCUCGCGGCGGAGACGCGUGGGGGCUUCACGGCCGGGGCCCCUAUCCCGCCGGAGCUCCUCGGCGCGGAUGGCCAGCCGCAGGUCGUUCUGGGCGACCGCGGGGUCGUGGUGCUGGCGUCAGGCGUCUCACUGGCGGUCGCAGUGGCGGACACCCUGGAGGCAGGGACGGCAGCGCUCUCCAGCAGUGGGGGAGACCUUCGCACGCUGCCGGUGCUCUACUCACCAGCUGGUGGCCGCUCCAGGUCCUUCCACGACGCCGUGGCCAAGAUGUCCACCACGCCCUUCCCAGACUGGCGCAUCAAGGGGCCGAGGACCGCUGCCUGGCUGCUUGAGAAGAUCUCGGAGGCGGGCUACACGCCGCUGCAGAGGCAUUUCUGGUGGCGGUCGAUCCAGGGGCUCACAGCUUCCGACUCGGGCGUGGACGACCACCACUUCAUCUCCGAGGUGCUGCAGGAGCUCACCACCUACGACCAGCUCAACGCUGGCGAGCUGGUGGUGGUGGAGAUCCUCUGCCGCCGCUACCAGCUCUGGGAGGAGCUUUACGCCUCGAGUCUGCGCGAAGCCGAGGCUGGCCAGGACGCUGCACCCUGGCUCGAUGAGCGAUCCAUCUUCCUCGGGCAGGACAGGAGCCGCGGCACAGCGCUUGUCUGCCCCGCCUUGGAGAGCUGGGUGGCGGAGAAGCUCCGAGAGGAAAGUGCCAUCCUCAAGGGGCGCAGGAAGGGGCGAGAGGAAAGGCUGCUGGAGCGCGGCGUCGACGGCGGCGCGGCCUCUGGCGAACCAUCGGCGGGUGCCAAGGCUAAGGCGCGCGGCCGCGGUUUGCAGGGGAGGCGAGGCGUGCUGAACGAUGCCACCUCGCUGGGUUUUGGCGAUGACAGUCUCACGCAAAGGGACGCGCUGCCCAUCCCGCUCAGCUUCGAGGCGCUCCAGUGCUUGAAGGGGUUCUCGGCCCUCGACGGCGAGCUUUCGCUGGGGCAGCGGCGCAAGGCCGCGCGCUGCAGGCGCCAGGAGCGCUGGAUGCUGGAAGGCGUCUCGGCGCUCAACGAGCUGGGCGGGGGUGGUCGGUUGGCUGACAGCGGCGGGCGGCUUAGCUUGGCGCAGCGCUCCGCGUUGCAGCAUCUGGGUGAGGUCUACGCCGCGGUCCCGCCGAAGACUGAGGAUUGCACCAGCCAGGAGGCGUUUCAGGCGCUUCUGGGGCUUCGACCUGGCUAUGCUGAUGAGCCAGCCAUCGGGGCGAGAGCCGGCUACCAGCGCGGGAGGGUCUCCCUUCCUUCUGGCGGUGCAGGGCGUGUCGAUCUUGUUCGACUACUUCCGCCGCACCUGCAGUCAGCGCUGGAGUCCGGGCACGGGUUAUUGCGCUCGGAGCAGGAGGCUUCUGCUGCUCUGGAGGAGGCUGACGUCACGUGUUACGUCGACGGCAAGCUGGCCCAACGGGGCUUUGACUACGGACGGUUUCUGCUCGAGCUGUACGACGCAGGGAUCGUUGAAGUUUUGGGCUAUGAGUUAGAUCGGAAGGAGGAGACUGGCGUCUUUUUUGUGCCUCGCAAAGAUGACAAGCUGAGGCUUAUCUUUGACACCAGGAGGGCGAACUGUCACUUCAGGACGCCCGAUUACACGCACUUGGCCUCCGGCGACGCCCUCAGCAGCUUGGAGUGCACGCCCGGCGAGGAGGUGCACUUGGCGGCUGGGGAUGUGGAGGUGUGCUUCUACCAGUACGUGCUGCCCACAUGGGCCAGGAACUACUUCUGCCUGCCGAGCUUGGCGACUCGCAUGCUGCCUGCCCGCCUGCGCGAGGCUCUGGGGCCUGAGCUUGCGGCGCGACCCAAGAUAGCCUUCCGUGUGCGAGUUGUUCCCAUGGGAUGGAACUGGGCCGUCCACUUUGUGCAGUCUGCCCACCUGAACGUGUUGGCUUCGAUCUCUCCGAACAACCAGUGGCUGGUGGACAAGCAGCCUGGGACGUGCCUCUCGGACAGCUCUGCUGCAGCCAAGGUCUUGUACAUAGACAAUUUUGCGGCCAUUAGCACCAGUCGCGAGACAGCGUUGCAGGUUGUCAAUGACAUGCUGGGCUCGUUCACCAGUGAGGGCGUCAGGGCGUCGCUUGACUUGGACGUCGUCCUCCUCGGCUUCACGCUGGAUUCCAAGGCCGCCAGGUGGCGCCCCGCACCCAAGAAGUUUUGGAGGGUGCAUGGCUGCAUCUCACACUUGCUGGAGCCAGGAAGGCGUAUCACUGGGCGCCAGUUGGAGAGGCUUGUGGGCCACGUGGUCGCGCUGCUGCUGCUGCGGCGUGAGGCUCUCAGCCUCCUCAGCGCCGUCUACGUCUUCAUCCGGUCGACCUACGACAGGGCGCAGCCGCUGUGGCCCAGUUGCCGACGUGAACUCAGGUGGGUGCUUGCGUUGUUGCCCACGGUGUUCGCCGACAUGAAGAGGCCUUGGCACGCUGAGGUAGGUGCCUUUGACGCGUCGCCUUGGGGCGCGGGAGUCUGUGCUGCGCGCUGGCCUUUGAGCGCGGUGCAGGCCGCAGGCAGGCAGCCGGAGAGGCUGCGUUUCCGCGGGCCCCUCGCCUCAUUGGUGGCUCCGCGGGGCGCUGCCCUGGCCGCUGACAGCAUCGAGCUCUCUGACCCCGCCGCGCUCCUGCUCGGCCGCGCGGCGGGUUUCGCCGAGGUGAGCGCAGAGCUGCUGCGCGAGGCGACCUGGAUCACGGCUGUUGCAUGCAGAUGGAGGCGUCAAAGUACUAUCCACAGGCUGGAGAGCUCAGCAGGGCUUCUCUGGCUGCGGCGCGCCUCUCGCAAUUCGAGAUGCCACGGGCAUCGCUUGCUGGGCCUGGGCGACAACAUGUCGAUGAUUUGCGCCCAUGAAAAGGGCCGUGCAUCCGACUUUGGUCUCUUGUCCGGCUGCCGUUGUUCCUACGCCAUAUCGGUCGCCUGCAAUCUCAAGGAGCGGGGCUUUCUGGCAGCCAACAAGGUGCGGCCGUCCACUCAGGUGCUCUACCUGAAGGUGUUGCGGCUGCUGGCAGGCUGGCUCAUGGUGGACGCUCUGCCCGACUGGCCUGUGGCGGCCUGGGACGCAGCGCUGGCCGACUUCCUGCUGUGGGCCUUCGACCAGGGAGUGGCGCGGGCGACGGCUGCAAGGCUUGGCGCCGCGGUGCUGUGGGGGCUCCCGCAGCUCCACGUGGCGCCCUUGCAGAGGUGCUUCCCGCAGCUCGCGCACUCGCUGGCGGGCUGGAAGCGCCUGCAUCCACCAGGCUCUCGUCCGCCUCUUCCAGAGCUUGUGGUUCGCGCAGCGGCAGCUUGGCUUGGGCACCAGGGCGAGUUUGCGACCGCCUUGUGCGUCAUGCUGAUGUUCGAGGGCUACCUGAGACCCUCGGAGGCGCUGGCGCUGCGGGCCGCCCAGCUCACCGGCCCGUUCGGCUCGGCCACCAGCGCGGGCUCACACAUGUCGGUGGUGGUGCAUGCUGCAGAGUUGCAGCAACCGGGCAAGACAGGCGAGAUGGACCAUACCGUUGUGCUCGACCUCCCGCGCCAGCAGGCCCUGGCUUGGGCCUUGGCGCGCCUGCGCGACUCCCGCCUGGGCUCCUGGCACCCGCUGUGGGACUUCGACUACAACCUCCUCCAGCGGCGGUUUGGCCAGGCGCUCGCGGCUGUGGGAGCCAGCUGUUUAGCAGGCACGCUCUACAGCCUCAGGCACGGCGGCGCCAGCCACGACCGCCUGACGGCCAGCCGCACGCUAAUGGAGGUGCAGCAACGAGGAAACUGGCGCGCCUUCAACAGCGUGCGGCGCUACGACAAGCACGGGCGAGUGGCGAUCGAGUGGAUGAAGAUUCCCGCCCCCCAGCGCCAGGAGAUCGAACGGUUGGCUGCUGGACUCGACGCCGCCUGCAAGCUGUACUCGCUUCAGCGGUGA